AUGCGUGAAAUCCUGCACAUUCAGGGUGGCCAGUGCGGCAACCAAAUCGGUGCCAAGUUCUGGGAAGUAGUAUGCGCUGAACACGGUAUCGAUCCCACUGGUCGGUACCAAGGGGACUCAGAUCUGCAACUGGAGCGGGUCAAUGUCUACUACAAUGAGGCUAGCUGCGGCCGGUUUGUUCCCCGUGCCGUGCUCAUGGAUCUUGAACCUGGUGUUAUGGACAGCAUCAGAUCCGGCCCAGUUGGCCAGAUCUUCCGGCCGGAUAACUUCGUCUUUGGACAGUCCGGUGCUGGAAAUAACUGGGCUAAAGGGCAUUAUACUGAGGGUGCUGAGCUCAUUGAUUCGGUUCUUGAUGUUGUGAGAAAGGAGGCUGAGAACUGUGACUGCCUCCAAGGAUUUCAAGUGUGUCACUCGUUGGGGGGUGGCACUGGGUCAGGGAUGGGGACUCUCUUGAUAUCCAAGAUAAGGGAAGAAUAUCCAGAUCGAAUGAUGCUUACAUUCUCAGUGUUUCCAUCUCCAAAAGUGUCUGACACAGUUGUAGAGCCGUAUAAUGCAACUCUGUCAGUACACCAGCUUGUUGAGAAUGCUGAUGAGUGUAUGGUUCUGGAUAAUGAGGCCCUCUAUGAUAUUUGCUUCCGCACUCUGAAGCUCACUACUCCCAGUUUUGGAGACUUGAACCACUUGAUAUCUGCCACAAUGAGUGGAGUCACUUGCUGCCUUCGCUUCCCUGGGCAGCUGAAUUCAGACCUUCGAAAGUUGGCUGUCAAUCUUAUCCCAUUCCCGCGACUCCAUUUCUUUAUGGUUGGUUUUGCACCACUCACAUCUCGUGGGUCACAGCAAUACCGUUCCCUCACUGUCCCGGAACUCACCCAACAAAUGUGGGAUGCUAAGAACAUGAUGUGUGCUGCUGAUCCUAGACAUGGCCGAUACCUCACGGCAUCAGCCGUGUUCCGUGGCAAGAUGAGCACAAAGGAGGUUGAUGAGCAGAUGAUCAAUGUACAGAACAAGAACUCAUCUUACUUUGUUGAGUGGAUUCCAAACAACGUGAAGUCUACUGUUUGUGACAUCCCACCCACUGGCCUGAAGAUGGCUUCAACUUUUAUUGGUAACUCUACAUCAAUCCAAGAGAUGUUCAGGAGGGUCAGCGAACAGUUUACUGCCAUGUUUCGAAGGAAGGCUUUCCUGCAUUGGUACACUGGAGAAGGUAUGGAUGAGAUGGAGUUCACAGAAGCUGAGAGCAACAUGAAUGAUUUAGUUGCUGAGUACCAGCAAUAUCAGGAUGCAACUGCUGAUGAGGAGUAUGAUGAUGAGGAAGAGUAUCAAGAUGAGGAGCCUAACUAA